GAUGAUGCGAAUAAAGGGCAGCAAGCGAAGGUGCUGGCAAGUGAGCGUCGUUGGUGUAGCAGACCUGAGUUCAUGCCACUUGAAACCUCAUACUCCCAUUGUGAUGAACUAGGCAUAUUACGAGACAGCAGGAGGCUGGACAGAGCAGAACUACCUUAUGAUGCAGCACAUGGGUCACCCCAUGAUCUUCCCAAUUGUUUUAUGCCCGUGUCAACAACCGUUGUCAACAUGCGGGAGUAGCAAAUCGAUACUAGGUCACAGAUUGUCGGCAGGAGGAGAAGAACUGGGACAAAGAAUGCGAUGUGUGUGAGAGAAAACUUGCUGGUUAAGUGCUUUGCAACUAGAGCAGUGCAUUUAGACUUCACAUUUUUAUUAAGCACCACAUAUUUCAUGAAUUCCUUUAGCUACUAGCUACCAGUGGAAGAAGAAGUCACAAGCCAUAAUGGGACAAACUUUGAGAGGGGCAAAGAGAGAGAUCAGAGAACUAGUUCAAGCAAUAAAUCUAGAGCGAAUCGCAGAAAAUGCUGCCAGCAAGGGGAUUAGAUAG